AUGGAAGAGAUCCAAACAGCACUGCAAGGAAGAAGAAGUCAUCGAGACAAAGAAUGGACAUUUUACCCAAGUUAUGCCAAUCACACUUACCAUAAUGGAAAGAAGUGCAUCUUUGAUGGUAUCUACCUCCGAAACAAAACCUGCACAUCUGAAAGAACACUGGAAACGCGUAUUGGAAAGAAAAAAUAUGAAAUUGACUCCAGAAACGGCCUUCCACUGGUGACGCCCGGAGACCAUCCUUAUGCGUGCCCAGAGCAAAGCAGAGACUUUCACAAAAUGGGGUCAACUAUGCCUCCAGUGAAUUUUGGGAGUGUGCCUUUCCGCAUAAAGGAGAGACAGCAAGAACUGGAGAGAGAAAAGCAGGAGGUGAAAAACCUGGAGUUUUGGAAGCCGGCUCCGUCACUGAUGCAGACAUUAUUUGUCCGGCUCUACAAGGCCUACCGGCUGGGGAGCCUCAAGCCAUUGGCCCCUUCCAGCGGGCUCCCUGCCAAUUGGGGCGGGACACGCAGCCUUCCCCCCGGUGUCCCCCGUGACGCCGAAUUUCCUCGCCGCCGCCGCCCCAAAUUCGAUGUGGGACGUCGGCUCUCCCAGUGGGUCCGGCGCUCCCUUCCGCUGUGCGCCGCCACAGUCCCCCCAGCUCGCCCGCGCUCCCACGAGCCCAACCCAGCAACCUGA